UCAGGUAAUCGCUCUGAGCUUAAAGUAACAUGAAAAGACUCGAGGGAAGAAUGAUCCGAGGAGCCGCCUGGGCAAAGCUGCAUUAAAAAGUUCAUUAAUAGAGUUUUAUAGCGAGGAUGGAUGAUGGAGGAAAGGAUCUGGUAGAUGAUGGAGGAAGGGGUCUAAAGCUGAGGGACUCCUUCGGUGCAGAACUCCUGGGUGCACUGAGAUUCCCCCCUGGAUCUCUGUUUAUUUGCAGUCUAAUAUUUGCAUUUUGCCAGAGAGGCCGAGCUGUUGGCAUGGCAGCACAGCUGCCAGCUUCCAGCGCUAGUAGUAUUUUUUCUUUUAACAUCUCACAUCUGUUUUUGUUUCAUGCAAUAUUUACACGAAACUGAUUUAAAAAAUUUACAAAAUUGGUUGUAAUUAUUAGAGAAUAGUAGUUAUGGUUAAAUAUUACUUCUUCUUUUUCUUAUAGAAUCAGGUAUUGUUUUGAUUAAUUUUAUUUUAAAAGAUGAUCCACUGUCAUAUUGUGUUUUCCUGGACACUUUCUUGGUUCAGGAUAUUUUAGACAUGAAAUGGAGUGUGAACAGAGAAUCCAAUCUGUUGUUGAAGAUACAGCUGCUUUUUCAUACACAGAGUCAAUAUUUUGGUGUGCAACAGCAUCUCAGUUUUUCAGCAUUUAUACCAUUUCUUCCUGUGUUACGGAUAAUUCCUUAUGCUUUGAGGUUUUGAGAUGUGAGUGUUAAUGUAGGAGCUGCUGAAAACUGUCACAUCCCAUCUUAAUUUGUGUGACUCUGGGUCUGAUUCAGCCUCUGGGGCUUUUCAGGCCUCUCCAGGGCAGCAGCAUCUCCCUUCCUUUGGCUGGAGGGACAAUUCCAUCUCACACAGGUUUUUUCCUCUGACACAAAGGUCUUCCCAACUGCCUGCUUAAAUUUUAAUUCUGCUAGAUUUGCUCUGAAAAAUGCUGUAAAGCAAAUUGAACUGCGUUUCAGAGCUAGCAGGGGAGGGAGAGAGAAGUUUGGAGAUAAGGAACAUGGGCAGCCAGCUUCAAGCCCGGAGUUAAUUUUGUUCUCUAUCCUUGUGUGAGCCCAGGGGCCCUGGAACUCCCCAUUCUCGGUGCCUGGGAACAUCUUGUUCAUCCUGCAAACACUUGACCAUUCCUCUCUCAUUGUCCAACUUCUUCCUUCUACUCUGGACUCACAGGACACAGAAAUAUCACAGUAUUCAUGCAAGAGGAGCUGAUUCUGUCUGUAGUCACUCUGCUUGAAGGGGCAGCACUUGGAAGAAAGAUGUGUAAAUGUUAAGGUGACGUGGGGAGGAGAUCUGGAGGUGAACAUGCCCCCGUCCAACCUGAGCAGCCUGACACCAGACACGUUCAUCCUGACCGGGAUCCCAGGCAUGGAGCAGCUGCACGUCUGGAUCUCCAUCCCGUUCUGCUGCAUGUACCUGGCAGCGCUGCUGGGGAACGGCGUCCUGCUGUUCACCAUCGGGACGGAGCGCAGCCUCCACCAGCCCAUGUUCCUCUUCCUGUCCAUGCUGGCCCUCGCUGACCUCGUGCUCUCCACCACGGCCGUGCCCAGGAUGCUGGCUCUGUUCUGGUUCCAGGCCAGGGAGAUUUCCUUCGGUGCCUGCCUGACCCAGAUGUUCUUCCUGCACUUCACCUGCCUGACGGAGUCGGUGAUCCUGCUGGCCAUGGCCUUCGACCGCUUUGUGGCCAUCUGCUUCCCGCUGCGCUACGGGGCGGUGCUGACCCCGUCAGCCGUGGCCAAAACGGGGCUGGCAGCUCUGCUGAGGAAUUUCUGCAUCAUUUUCCCCUGCAUCUUCCUGCUGAGGCGGCUGCCGUUCUGCGGGCACAACGUCAUCCCGCACACCUACUGCGAGCACAUCGGCAUCGCCCGCCUGGCCUGCGCUGACAUCUCGGCCAACGUCUGGUACGGGCUGGUGGUGCCUUUCACCGUGGGCGUGCUGGAUCUGAUCCUCAUCGCCGUCUCCUACGGCUUCAUCCUCCAGGCGCUGUCCAGGCUCCCGUCCAGGGCUGCCCGCCACAAGGCUUUGCACACCUGCGGCUCCCACCUCUGCGUGCUGCUCCUGUUCUACGUCCCCGCCGCCUUCGCCGCCCUGACGCAGCGCUUCGGCCACAACAUCCCCCCGCAGCUCCACAUCCUGCUGGCCAACCUGCACGUGCUGUUCCCUCCGCUGCUGAACCCCGUCGUGUACGGGGUGAGAACGCAGCAGAUCAGGGACAAGGUUGUGAAGGUGUUCAGCCUGCCCAGAGCGCGGGAGUGAAGGUGAUGGUGCCCAAAGGGGACUCCAAGCUCCCCGCCCUGAGUGCUCUUCCAGGCAACGGCCCAAGGCUGCUGCCCCUGUCAAAUACAGAACACCCGACAUCCUCACAGCCCCAGCUUUGUGCAAAGUGCGAGAUAAAGGCAGAAAUCAGCAUCUCUGACUGGCAGUGGAAGGAGGGGGAUCCAAGGAAUGAGAACCUACCCCAGGUGCGUCACCUUUGGGCAAUCCCAGAGCCCCAGGCUCGUGGAGCAGCUGGGGUGGAAAGGGACCUCCAGAGAUCAGCUCAUCUGACCCCUGCUCAAGCAGGUUCCUCAGGCAGGCUGCACAGGAUCACAGCCAGGUGGGGUUUGACCAUCUCCAGAGAAAGAGGCUCCACAACCUCCCUGGGCAGCUGUUCCAGUGCUCAAUCACCCACACAGAAAAGAAUUUUUCCUCAUACUCAGAUGGAAUUCCCAGGUAAACCCCUGACAAGGAGGAGGUAGGUGGAAUUCCACUGUGCUGUGGCAAUAAAUCUGGACUCAGGUGGAAAGGCAUAAAAUGAAUGUGUUCUUCUGAAUGACACAUGUAUAAUGAAAUUCAUCUUAGCGAUUUAUUCUUCAUUAAAAUUCAUAGUUCUGAAAAAUCUCCAAAAGGAAUAAUACAGAAAUAAAACCGUGUUGCACUUCAGCAUUCAUGGGGUGUCUUUAUUCCUUAACUGUAUCAUUUGACCUUACUUUGAGUAAACAUGUCAGUGAAAAAAACAUUCUUGAAAAAAAUCACAGAAUGGCAUUGAAGCAAAUCGUUGCUAUCAAAUCCUAAACACGCUUUUGUUCCAGAGUAGCUGCUUUCCUGGAGCUCAAAAAUCUCCUGGGCAUCAGUUUGGAACAGCAACCGGAGGCAUGAGAGCAACAUCCCCCAGAGCAGAGCUCAGCGCUGGGCAGGGCUCCCUGCUGCAGGAGCCGUGUGAGCCAGCACGUUACUCUCCCUAAAAAUAGCCCCAAAAACAUCUAAUGCCGUUCUGAGAUGGAACACAAGGAUUUUCUUUCAGUGGCUUGACUUCAUUUCUUGUAGCUCAGAGGUACCCCAGGGCACUGUUAUUGUGUGAGGGGAGGGUGGGUGAGAGGAUGAGCUGCCUGUCCAAGGCUGGCUGGGAGACACCGCCCCGAGCCCUCAGCCAGGGCUGCUUCCCGUGGCAGCCUCGUGUAUAACUCACUGUUCUCUCUCCACAACGUGUCUUGAAUUCCUUAUGCUUUAUCUCUCGUUCCAUGGCAGCAACAGAACGUUCCAGCUGAAAUCCCC